AUGCCAUCCACCUUGACUAUUAAUGGAAAAGCCCCAAUUGUGGCUUAUGCUGAACUAAUUGCUGCUCGUAUUGUUAACGCGCUGGCUCCUAACUCCAUAGCUAUUGAGUUAGUCGACGAUAAGAAAGCUCCUGCUGCCAAGCUAGAUGAUGCAACUGAAGAUGUCUUUAACAAGAUAACUGGUAAAUUCGCUGCUAUCUUUGAUAAUGGUGAUAAGGAGCAAGUUGCUAAAUGGGUUAAUUUGGCUCAAAAGGAAUUGGUUGUUAAAAACUUCGCUAAAUUAUCACAAUCAUUGGAAACACUGGAUUCUCAAUUGAACCUAAGAACCUUUAUCCUUGGCGGCUUGAAGUACUCCGCUGCCGAUGUAGCAUGCUGGGGUGCUUUGAGAUCUAAUGGUAUGUGCGGUUCCAUCAUUAAGAAUAAGGUUGAUGUCAACGUUUCUCGUUGGUACACUUUGUUAGAAAUGGAUCCAAUCUUUGGUGAAGCUCACGAUUUCUUGAGCAAAUCUUUACUGGAAUUGAAGAAAAGUGCUAAUGUGGGUAAGAAGAAGGAAACCCACAAGGCCAACUUUGAAAUUGAUUUGCCGGAUGCCAAAAUUGGUGAAGUCGUUACUCGUUUCCCACCUGAACCUUCUGGAUAUUUACAUAUUGGACAUGCUAAAGCUGCCUUAUUGAACCAAUAUUUUGCUCAAGCUUACAAGGGUAAAUUGAUUAUCAGAUUUGAUGACACCAACCCAUCAAAGGAAAAGGAAGAAUUCCAAGAUUCUAUUUUGGAAGAUUUAGAUUUAUUAGGAAUCAAGGGUGAUAGAAUAACCUACUCAUCCGAUUACUUCCAAGAAAUGUAUGACUACUGUGUCCAAAUGAUCAAGGAUGGUAAAGCUUACUGUGACGACACUCCAACUGAAAAGAUGAGAGAGGAACGUAUGGAUGGUAUUGCUUCAGCCAGAAGAGACCGUUCUGUUGAAGAAAAUCUAAGGAUCUUUACCGAAGAAAUGAAGAACGGUACUGAAGAAGGUUUGAAAAACUGUGUUCGUGCAAAGAUCGAUUACGAAGCUUUGAACAAGACUUUGAGAGAUCCUGUCAUUUACAGAUGUAACUUGACUCCUCACCACAGAACUGGUUCGACUUGGAAGAUCUAUCCAACCUAUGAUUUCUGUGUCCCAAUUGUUGAUGCUAUUGAAGGUGUUACUCACGCUUUACGUACCAUUGAAUAUAGAGACCGUAAUGCUCAAUAUGAUUGGAUGUUACAAGCUUUGCGUUUGAGAAAAGUCCAUAUCUGGGAUUUUGCUCGUAUUAAUUUCGUUAGAACUUUGUUAUCCAAGAGAAAGUUACAAUGGAUGGUUGACAAGGAGUUAGUCGGAAAUUGGGACGAUCCAAGAUUUCCAACUGUCAGAGGUGUUAGAAGAAGAGGUAUGACCGUUGAAGGUUUAAGGAACUUCGUUUUAUCUCAAGGCCCAUCCAGAAAUGUCAUCAACUUAGAAUGGAACUUGAUAUGGGCUUUCAACAAGAAAGUCAUUGAUCCAAUCGCUCCAAGACACACUGCUAUCGUCAACCCAGUUAAGAUUCACUUAGAAGGCUCCGAAGCCCCACAAGAACCAAAGGUUGAAAUGAAACCAAAACACAAGAAAAACCCUGCUGUGGGUGAGAAGAAGGUCAUUUACUACAAGGACAUCGUUGUCGACAAAGAUGAUGCCGACAUCAUCAAUGUUGAUGAAGAGGUAACUUUGAUGGACUGGGGUAACGUCAUUAUUACUAAGAAGAAUGAUGAUGGCUCUAUGGUCGCCAAGUUGAAUUUGGAGGGUGAUUUCAAGAAGACUAAGCACAAGUUGACUUGGUUGGCUGACACUAAGGAUGUCGUCCCUGUUGAUUUGGUUGACUUUGACCAUUUGAUUACCAAGGAUAGAUUGGAAGAAGACGAAAGUUUCGAAGAUUUCUUGACUCCUCAAACCGAAUUUCACACAGAUGCCAUUGCUGACUUGAAUGUUAAGGAUAUGAAGGUUGGUGAUAUCAUCCAAUUCGAAAGAAAGGGUUACUACAGAUUGGACGCUUUACCAAAGGACGGUAAGCCAUAUGUCUUCUUCACCAUCCCAGAUGGUAAAUCUGUCAACAAGUACGGUGCAAAGAAAUAA